AUGGCACCCAAGACCAAGCUGGAGUACCAGAACGCCUUGCGGGAUCUGGGCGAAGAACCUCCAGCCAAGUGGGGGCUCACAGAACUGAAGGUCCGACUGCUCGAGUUGGAGCAAGAGUUGGGAGUCAGCAGUCAGAAGCGCCAAGUCACGCCUCUGCAGCAGAUGACCCGGGCCCUCAACAAGGCGUCCACCAAGAAGGCGAAUCUACAGCAGUUCUGCGAGGAGCUGGGCAUGAGCAAUGUGUCCAACAGCACCAUCACACAGCUGCAGAAAGGGGCCAUGGAUCGCAUCUACAUGCAGAGCAAGGCGGAUGCCAGCGACCCGGUGGGCUUCGGGACGCACUCGGCCAUGUCAUAUGGGGAGAUUGCCCAGAGCCAAGUGGAGUACUGCCAGUGGGUUGUAGCCACGGCCCAGGAGGGGCAGUGCAGCCAUCGGCUGAGCCGCCUGGCCAAUUGGCUCGAGCAGAACCCAGACCAGAUGGGCAAUCCCACACACAGACAGGGAAACAACUACAAGCCGGAGCCGAAGGUGAAAGCGGCCCCACGAGCCGCCAGCUCCCAAGGGUCAGCUGGUUCGAACGACACAGCUGUGCUUCUGGGAGCCAUGACGAAGAUCAUGACACAGAUGGAGAACAUGCAGGAAGAGAUGGACGAGCUCCGAGGACGGGCCCACAAGAAGUCCAAGGACGAGGAGAGCGAGAUGCAGGACUCCUGGUCAGCAGUGAACGGAGAACCGAAUAGCACAGAAGGCCAAUCGCUGGAACAACAGCAUGCCCCACAAGAGGGUAAGGUAGGCAAAGUCCUUACCCCAGCGGCUAUGAGGCAUUUUCAUCACAUCUCUCAGGACAUAGCAGCAAAUGCUUUUGAGGGUUUGAAGGGUGACAGUGGUGUUCACUUGGUUGAAAUAGCCUGCAGUCCAGAGAGUAGGUUGUCAGCUCAGAUUCAGCGAGAGGCCGGGCGCGAAGAUGCCGCGGUGCGCUGUUCCUUUUGGAACGGAUGUGAUUUGGGAACUGGAGAAGGGGUGAAGCUGAUUAUGGGUAUCAUUCAAGAGAAACACCCCAAACAUGUUCAUAUUUCACCGGAGUGUGGGCCAUACUCUCCAAUGCAGAAUCUGAACCAAAAGACGGCAGCCCAGAAACAAGAACUGGAGCAGAAACGACGGGCUGCCCUGAAACAGUACGUAGGAGCCAGCUGCAUCUUUCAGUUUUGUAUCCAAAUGGGUAUACAUGUCACGUGGGAGUGGGCUGAGAAGUGCCAAGCAUGGAGACUCCCAAUGAUACAAAGACUUAUGGAAAAAUACAGCUUGUAUGUCGCCACCACUCAUGGAUGUCAAGUCAACCUUAGAAACGGAGACGGACAGUUGAUGAAGAAAGGUUGGAAACUGAUGACAACACACAAACGAGUUGCUGACAUGAUGCACAUGCCAUGUAGAUGUCAGAAGGGUUUUCGUCAUGCCACAUGUGAAGGAAACGAUACACGGAAAACGGCAUACUACACCAUGGAAUAUGUCAAACGUUUUGUAGAGGCUAUCAGGUAUGAGAUGUCUAGGCAGCAGUGGAUGGAAGAACUGAAUGGAGAGAGCAGACUGCCAAAACACUUUGGAAACGGCCAUGCCUGUGUUUGUUCUGACUUGCAGCAUCAUGAAACCCAACUCACAUGUGGAAGCUGUUCACUUGAAACGACCGUGGACUUGACUGGACGGACGGACACUGAGGACGCGGUAGGAAGGGUCUACGCGGGGGAAACUGAAACCGCGAGCGACACCGAAAGGAAGCGCAUCCAAAGACAACUGUAUCUUUUGCACGCGGCCACGGGACACAGCAGCACGCGCAACAUGAUUGACGCGUUACAAAAGCGAGGUGUGUCUGCCCAGGUGAUGGAAGAGGCAAGGAGGUUCAAAUGUCAGGUUUGCGAGGAAAAACAAAAGUUGCAACCCAGGCAGGUCGCAAGCUUAGAACCCCUCCCUCCUAAAUGGGCAACCGCGUGCGCCGAUGGAGGAAACUGGACCCACCCUGAAACCCAACAAACAGUAGGUUUCGCGGUGAUCAUCGACGAAGGCACCAGGUUUAGGACGGCGCGGAUCCUAAGUAGAGGGAAAAAGCAAACGAUGAACGCUGCGCAAUUCCUCUCUUACUUCCAGGAAGGCUGGGUGCAGUACUUUGGACAACCUCAGGUUUUGAGACUGGACCCGGCAGGUGCAUUCAGGUCAAACGAAGUAGAAACUUACUGUGACAAAAACUCAAUAUACCUGGAUUUUGUGCCUGCCGAAGCACACUGGAAGUUUGGAAUCUGCGAGCAGGCAGUCCAGGGGUUGAAAGAAGUCAUGAAUAAGUUGGCCAGUGAGCAACCGACAAUUUCGGCUGAGGAAGCCCUUAGUACAGCUGUUCAGGUUUUCAAUCACCGAGAGCUGGUGAGAGGAUAUUCACCAGUGCAGCACGCCAUGGGAAUUGCACCAGACGCCACUGGACGGUUCAUACACAGUCUGGAUGGGCGAGCACACGAUCUAGUGGUUGGCAACCCGACGGGCGAGUUUGAGGACACCGUCGAGAAGAUGAAAGUGGCUGAGCAGGCACACUCCGAGUGGAAUGCCCGAGAGCGCAUCAAGCGAGCGCUCAAUUCAAGGAGCCAGGAAAACCGGGAUUUCAGACCAGGGGAUCUUGUGUACUAUUGGCGUAAGCAAUUACCCAAAAGUAUGGGACCCACGAAAAUGGGGGGUUAUUUGGGGCCGGCACGAGUGUUGGUAACUGAAACAAAACGAGAACCGGAUGGACAGUUGCGCAAAGGCAGCGCAGUUUGGGUGAUUCGAGGACGUCGCUUACUGAAGUGUGCGCCAGAGCAGUUGAGACAUGCCACUCAGAGAGAAGAAUUGCUAGAGCACCUAAGUAAGGACGAAGAACAGCAAGCACCUUGGACUCUUCCUAGGAUGGUUCAACAGCUAGGUGGACAAGAGUAUGAGGACAUCAGUCAAGAGACACCAAACGACAAACCAUCAGUUGUGGAAGAGAUGGAGUUGGAACCUAGGAACACACCGGAAGUACCACCUCAGGUGCGCCACAGGUGGAAGAGACCAGUAGACACCGAGAAUCCUGAGCAACAGCUAAGGAGCAGACCGCCUCCAGCAGCCAGGAACCACAUGGAUGAGGACUUGCAGGCCGAGGCUUGGUGGUCACACAAAAGAUUGGAUGAAGAAUCCAAAGAGAAAUUCAGGGCGGCAAAGGCAGUAGAGGUUAAGAACUUUAUUGCCGCAAAAGCCUUUGAACUUGUUCCCCCUGAAAUGAGACCCCCAAAAGAAAAGGCAAUAGGUAUGAGGUGGAUAUUGAGCUGGAAACUCAAGGAAGACGGAACACAGAAAGCCAAGGCGAGAGCCAUCUUGCUUGGAUACCAGGACCCGGGGUACGAACACCGAGGCACCACCACACCGGUCAUGACUCGACAGAGUCGCCAGUUUCUUUUGCAGAUCGCAGCCAACCGGAAGUGGCUGACCCAAAAAGGGGACGUUUCUGGGGCCUUUUUACAGGGAAGAGAGUACCCGGGGGAAUUGUUUUGUAUCCCCUGCAAAGAGAUUUGUGAAGCUAUGGGAGUUGAAGAGGGGACUAUUACCAAGGUAAAAAAGGGAUGUUAUGGACUGGUUGACGCACCCUUGGAAUGGUACCGUAGUAUCUCCCAGUUUCUUGAGCGACUUGGCUUGCAGAAAACAUGGUCAGAUCCAUGCCUCUGGGUGUGGAAACCACAGGGUCAAUUGAGGGGUAUAAUCAGUUGCCAUGUUGAUGACUUUCUGUUUACGGGACCCCGAAAUGAUGCGGAAUGGGAAGGCAUUUUGAAAGCAAUCCAACAAGAAUAUUCUUGGGGAGAGUGGCAAGAGAAAAAGUUUGUUCAGUGUGGAGUGCAAAUAGAGGAAAUGCCUGACAACAGCUAUCGGUUGUCCCAGCCACAGUACAUGGAAAAGGUCAAGGAAAUACCAGUCAAUGCGUCAAGGCGCAAAGAACGAAAUGCCAAAACAACUGAACAUGAACAAACCCAGCUCAGGGGAGCCUUAGGGGCGUUAAGCUGGCAUGCGCAACAGGUGGCGCCCCACAUAUCAGCCGAGGUGAAAGUGAGCACGGUGGAGACACUGCUGAGGACCAACAGGCUGAUCUACUCAGCCAAGAAGCGCCAGGACCACUGUCUCUUGGCCAUUGCCGUGGUAAACGGUGAGGACAUGUUGUACCAUGCACGGCACCAAUGGGGAGAGAUCCACAGGCCAGAGGGCACGAAUGUUUUCGAUGUGGACCAAGCCGUGAACUCUGUGGCAGGAACUUUGAUUUCAGACUCACGGAACGUCUAUGACAAGCUGCAGACCGAAGAGUUGUCGACAAAAGGCGCCGAGCGGCGCACAGACUUGGAGCUGAUGUGCGUGAAACACUCUCAGAGGGUGAACCACCUCAAUUUGAGGUGGGUACAUAGUGAGGCCCAGAUGGGCAAUUCGCUCACUAAGGCAACCGGGAAGGAGAUAGAGAUGUUCUACCAGUUAGGGCAUAGAUGGCGGAUCGUCAGUGACAGCCAAAUGAGAUCAGCCAGGAAAAGGAAACAAACCGGCAUGGACAUUUUGGAGGAAGAACACACGACUGACAUACAACACAAUGAGGUUCGAGAACAAAAGGCCAGUUGUAGUGUCACGCUUUUGCCUGAUCCUUUUUUGAGCCAUCGUUUGAACAACGGCUUGGUCCAGCUGGAUGAGCAGCAACGCAUGCAUCCCAGCAUUGCUGAGUUCCCUUCGCGCAGUUUCUAUGAUGGGACCUUGUCCAAUGGGCCGGACACAUUGCUGCGGCAGAAAAUCCAAGGGUUUCCCUGGCCAAAUCCAGAGUUGCACGUUGCGUUCGUGGAAUGUGGUGCAAUGGCUGGUGAGGAGGGUGGGCGAAGCCACGCCAAUCCGAGAGAGGCAGACGCCUUGAUGGUGGUUUUGGAGCAUUGCCUUCGACAGGGCUUACUGCCACAGCAGGUUGGUGUUAUCACGGGAUACUCGGCCCAGCAGGAUCUGCUGCGACGACACUGGGCCGCCCUGGCGCCGCAGUUGGGCUUUGAGGCGAAAGAUCUGCGAGUGGACACAGUGGAUGGUUUCCAGGGUGCAGAGCGAGAUUUGAUUUUGGCCUCCACGGUGCGUUCCUUCUUUGAGGUGGGUUUUAUGCGAGACCCUCGCCGAGCCAAUGUGAUGCUCACUCGCGCCCGAAGAGGCUUGAUCGUCUUCGGCAACGGUCAUACUUUGCAGACGGAGGUGGAGACGUGGAAGCCCUGGAUUGAAUGGGUGAAGCAGAGGCAGAUUGAGAUCCCACUGGAGGGGCUGCUCGGACAGCUAGAUCCAGGUCGACCCGCGAGACCAGAUUCGCCCGAGGAGGAGCCUUUGCCAUUUGAGCCAAUGGUUGCAAGGAGCGUGUUCCCACCCGUCAAGCCCGGUGGAGGGAGGAUGGCACCAGAGCCCCAAGCGAGGUCGCCUCGCCAGUGGUUGAACGGCGGGUCGAUGCCGGAGAAGGCACCCGCCGCGAAGCCCACGAAGUGGGAGGAGUUUGUAGAUCCAAAUUCACAAAGGACCUGGUUGUGGAAUGAGGCUACAGGCGAGGCAAAGUGGAAGGACUAA